AUGGCGUCAUUCAAGGACGAGCGAACCCUGCUCUACCUGGGUCUCGCUGUGUGCGUCGGUGUCAUUACCUAUCUGAGUCUGAGUCAACGUCAGAAAGAAGUCGUCUUCAGAAGGCUGAGGUUACGGGGUCGUCGUAUCUCCAGUGCAGACACGCCGCCUCGUUCCCUCUCGCCGGAGAAGAAGGUGCCCAACAACUCACCACCAAAGGCUUCCGAGUAUGUCAACACAUUCCCGCCCCUGACCAGAGAGAACAUUCCGGCAGCCGCUGCCUCGCUCCCCGAAGACCGCCGCGUGGCCCUACUCAACUCGACAUUCGACGAGAAGAACUGGAUGAAAGCCGUUCUGGGAUUCGACGAGGAUUUUCGCAAGGCCGAUGCAGACAAAUACGUCUUCACGGGCUACAAGAUUGAAGAGAUUCGAGCUCUGGGAGAUUUCCCCGACUAUGCUGCCCUCAGUGGCGUCCCCCUUCCAAAGCCAUACCGUGAACACGACAUCAACAAAGCCCUCCCGCGACCCUACCGCCCCUUCAGAUGGGCAUAUCAUCAAACCAUGUCCCUCACCAAGCUAGAGCCCGACUGGUGGCUAGAACUGGAAAACACGUACGUGGCACGCAUCGCCCAGCGCAAGAAGCUCUACGCCGAACACGGCGAGGCUGUGCUCCAGUGGCUGCCUGGGUCGGAACUGGCGUGCAAAGAACUCAUGGAGAUGGCGCUCCAGUUCCUCUGCGCCCGCUACCCGCAGUACUUCCGCCUGCACUCUGACAAGAAGACGUUCGAGAACAAGAUCCUGGGCACCACGCAGGACGUGUCGGCCAAACACCCUCUGCUGGUCCUGUUGGACAACGUCCCCGAAGACUUUGCCAUCACGCUGCGAAACCCGGAGACCGGGUACUACCACUUCAGGGCGGGGAUGAUCUGCUCGGCGCUGGGCUGGAAUGUCGGGACCAAGAUCGGGAUGCAGUUGGCCCAGAUCCACGCCCCGAUCCCGGACUACAAGGAGAAGAUGCAAUUCAGCAUGGAUCGAUUCUUCACCAAGAUGCCCUCACCCAGACCCAUCCAGCGCGGCUCGUGGGGUCUCGAAGUCGACCAGCCGCUGUACAUGCCGCCCGGCGACCCGCACGAAAAGUACCGCGACUUCCAGUCUCCGGACCUGGACCUGUCGCGGAUCCACCUGCGGGUUGACUGGCAGACGCUGCGCCGGCUGCCGCUGUCGGGCGGGAUCGUGUUCAACUUCAAAGCGCUGUUUACUCCGGUGACCGAGUUCCGCGACGAGCCGUACAUCCCGAGCCUGGUGCUCAAGGUUUUGCGGGACGGCAAGGACAACCUGAUGAAGUACAAGAACACGUGGCACGUCGAGCACGUCGUGGUCCCCGCGCUGGAGGAGUACGAGCGCGAGCAGAUCCAGCGGGGUCUUGUGGAGAAGGACUGGCAGCACCACACGUUGGACGAGAGUCCGUGGUUUCCCGGCUGGAAGGACAAGUGGGUCAGACAGCAGGGGUUUGGGGAUGUCGAGGUGUCGAACUAG